GGCAACUACGCGGAGCGCGUGGGCGCCGGCGCCCCGGUGUACCUGGCGGCCGUGCUGGAGUACCUGACGGCCGAGAUCCUGGAGCUGGCGGGCAACGCGGCCCGCGACAACAAGAAGACGCGCAUCAUCCCCCGCCACCUGCAGCUCGCCAUCCGCAACGACGAGGAGCUCAACAAGCUGCUGGGCAAGGUGACCAUCGCGCAGGGCGGCGUGCUGCCCAACAUCCAGGCCGUGCUGCUGCCCAAGAAGACCGACAGCCACAAGGCGAAAAGCAAGUGAAACAAUUCCGAGGGGCGUCCCCGCCUCAAAAAGUAACCCAAAGGCUCUUUUCAGAGCCACCCACUUCUUCAUAAAAGGAGCUGUACAUCCUAGAGAAAAAACAAAACCUAUCGUUUCCUAAAAAGCUAAAAUAGAAACCAAAACGAACAACUUCCCCACCCCAAAUCUUUUACCUUAGCUGAUGAAAAAAAUCAACCAAACCACCCCAGACGCUUUGUGUUUUAUCUCUUAAAUUAAAAUUUUGAAAAACCCACUGUGUAUAGCAAGACAUGGAUGACAUACACCUAUUAAAAUAAACACGAUUCA